UAUCCCAGCCUGUAUCGUUUACAAGAUGGCGGCUUCGGUGGAAGACGAAUUUGAAGAUGCACCUGAUGUAGAGCCUCUAGAGCCGACGUUAAAAAACAUAAUAGAGCAGAAAUCUCUGAAGUGGAUUUUUGUAGGUGGAAAAGGCGGCGUUGGAAAAACGACAUGCAGCUGCAGUUUGGCCGUGCAGUUGUCCACGGUGAGGGAGAGCGUCCUCAUCAUCUCCACCGACCCGGCACACAACAUCUCGGACGCCUUCGACCAGAAGUUCUCCAAAGUUCCCACCAAAGUGAAAGGCUAUGAUAACCUCUUCGCCAUGGAGAUUGACCCGAGUCUGGGCGUGGCUGAACUGCCGGAUGAGUUCUUCGAAGAGGACAAUAUGCUGAGUAUGGGGAAGAAGAUGAUGCAAGAGGCCAUGAGCGCUUUCCCCGGCAUCGACGAGGCCAUGAGCUACGCCGAGGUCAUGAGGUUAGUAAAAGGGAUGAACUUCUCCGUGGUGGUGUUUGACACGGCUCCUACAGGCCACACGCUGCGCCUGCUCAACUUCCCCACCAUCGUGGAGCGGGGCCUGGGCCGCCUCAUGCAGAUCAAGAACCAGAUCAGCCCCUUCAUCUCUCAGAUGUGUAACAUGCUGGGGCUGGGCGACAUGAACGCGGAUCAACUGGCUUCCAAACUGGAGGAGACGCUUCCCGUUAUCCGCUCCGUCAGCGAGCAGUUCAAAGAUCCGGAGCAGACGACGUUCAUCUGCGUGUGCAUCGCCGAGUUCCUGUCCCUGUACGAGACCGAGCGGCUGAUCCAGGAGCUGGCCAAGUGCCACAUCGACACGCACAACAUCAUCGUCAACCAGCUGGUGUUUCCCGACGCCGAGAGACCCUGCAAGAUGUGCGAGGCCAGACACAAGAUCCAGUCCAAGUACCUGGACCAGAUGGAGGACCUGUAUGAGGAUUUCCACAUAGUCAAACUGCCUCUACUUCCUCACGAGGUACGAGGAGCAGACAAAGUCAACACGUUUUCCAAACUGCUCCUGGAGCCCUACAAUCCCCCCAACAAGUGACUUAUCUUCCCGUAAACAAACACACACACACACACACACACACACACACACAUAUCUACACAGCCUUCCGCCGCUACCCGCUGGUUCAUUAACCCUCUCAGACCCCACAGCAACACAUCCUCAUCGACACGCUCAUCAUCGUCAGAUCUGGAAAGCUUCAUAGUGAUAAAGGCUUGCAACACUACGUACACCCGUGUCUCUAUGUGAGCGUUUUUCCCUCUCUCUCUCUCUCUCUCUCUCUCUCUCUCUCUCUCUCUCUAUCACUCUCUCUCCAUCACACACUCUCUCUCUCUCUGCCUCAUUUCUCACACAGAGGCUGUUUUAUUUUACUCACAGAAAUUCCUUAUUCUAAUCCGUUAAACAGCUCAGAGUGAUUUUGUUUUAUUGUGUGAUAGUGAAUUACGUGUAAAAGGGUAUAAAAACUGCUUGAAAGCUGAUGAAGGAGAAAAAAAAAAAAAAAACGCGUCUGAUCUCUGACUAAGAAUGUAGUUGAUGUAUUGAAACUGACCGCCCUUCGAGCCAGUGUCUCAAAAUCGUCAUCAGAAGUGUACGAUCUCUCAGCACCGCCAUGUUUUUCCUCAACUCUGACGAUAGGUUCGGGGGAACGCUUGCUUUUAACGCUGUACGUCAGAUGGUGUAAUGAACUCUGCCUAAUGCUUGUUUGUGUCCUGGCAAAAUCAUCCAGAACAAAAGUCCGAGAAAAAUACCAUUUCCAGUUUAUGCAGAAUAUUAAGGCGUAAUAAUAUUACCAGCUGAAUGGUGUUUUGUUUUUUUAAAAAAAGAAAAAAAAGAAAGUAAGAUGAUAUUGUCACUGUAGUGAGCAGAAGAGCACGGGUUUAAAAAAAAAAAAAACCUUGUUUUUUAACCCCGUCCUUUUUUUUCCUCUUUUGAGACCAUUUUUGGUAAAUUUCUUUCCCUAACAAAUAUAUUUUUGUCCAUAACAAAUAUUUAACAUCAGUUUAUUAUUAUACGCUGUGUAAUAUUUGUAAUCUCUGCAUGAGUUGAGCGCACCAAAGGGGUAAAAGGGGCGGUUCUUCCAGGAAGUGUCAGCACCCCCCGCCCCCCCCCCCCCCCCCCCCCCCCCACCAAAGUACCUGUGUAGAUCGUUCCAGAUUCACGUGUGUCGUACUAGUGUGCUGUACGGAGAGCUCCAGGGCCGGAGCGCACUUCUUUCUGCACACCUUUCUGGGUACUUUCUAUAUUUUCUGAUCUUUUCCCGUCACAAUGAUGAGUCAGAAGCGAGUUCUGCUGAACGGGCGGCGUUUAUUCCAGUCGGUUUUACUUCCACAAACAAAAAAUUUUGCUUUAAAAAAAAAAAGGGAAACUCUCAGCCCUGACCGCCACCCCAAACUAAACUACCCAUAAUGCAAUGCCCCCAAAGAAUAACCUUUUACUCUCUACCGCCAGCGUACGCUAAUGUUUUUAUGGCACACCUACUCAAAACGCGUAAAGGUCGGCAGGUCUGAUGAGGUAGUAUAGUCGGUGAUGAACAUCGCCGGACAUUGUAGCGAUGUGAUAUGGCGUAGGGACGAUAAUCUCGUUAUAUUGCACAAACCUUGCGGUGGCUGUACGUGAGUGAUAAUCAUCUACGUUGGUUUCUGCCAUUUGCGAUCUUGAUCUCCGCAACCUCCUCAGAUCACUGUUUACUUUGUCAUGCACAAUCAUCAGAAGCUGUUAAAGAAGGUAUUCCACUGCUGGUCAACACGGCCCCCUUGUGUUUACUUUACAUGAAUCUCACUUUACAGUAAUGAUGAAGCGGGCGGGGUUAUGCUACGACAAGCUACAUCUCAUCACUAUACUUUGCCGUAAACCUCUUUGCAAAGCUUGUGUUUUACUUCAUGGGAUAUAUAUAUAUAUAUUUUUUUUUUUUUUGUUGGUUUGUUACAGUUUCCUCCCAGUGAAAGAUUUUCUAUUUGUAAUUAUUGUGUACACACUGUGUAAUUACAAGCGUUAAUUAUACAGAAUAACACUGACAGUAUUUGUUUUUGUUUUUUUGCGUAUGGUUUCAGCAGGAUGUUUCUCUGAAUUCUAAUGAAGCACAUAGUAAAGGAACAUGUUUUACCUUC